AUGUUAAACGACCUCCCUCCGGAAAUAAUUUACCUUAUUGCUGGGUAUCUCAGCCGCCCAUGUGAUCUGUACCACCUGCUCUCCUCGUCGCGUGGUCUUUACAACGUGCUACAACCAGUUCUCUACACCAAUGUGACUCUCUGCGGAUUGCAAGGCAUAGAAAGUUCAGUCAGCACGUUCCUCUACGCUAUUACCCGAACCCCGAAAUUGGCUAGCCAUGUACGGACCCUGGAGGUUGGAUCAUGGGAUACCGAUUACGGGCACGGUGAAAAGGCCUGCGAAAAGCUUGGAUCUGAUAGGAAUCUGAUACACAAGCUGGUUAACGACACAACUGGAUAUUCCGAUAAAGAGAGGUCAAAGUGGAUAAAUGCCCUUAAGCGCGGCGUCACCGAUGCAUGGCUGGCUUUGCUUCUUCCGCGACUGAAGGCGUUGCGGAAGCUCAGCCUAACCUGGCCUUAUGGUGCGGACUAUGUAUUGUCUAUGCUGCAGAGGGCUUCUCGAGAGGAGAUACCGGUGUUUCCUCAUCUCGAGGAAGUCUACGCGACUUGGUACGACACCGAAAACGCAGCACACUCAAACUUCAUGCAUCCAUUUUUCAGUUUCCCAUCUAUGCGGAAACUGGGGGGCUGGAAGUUCGACGAGCCGGAGGAUUCUGAUUACGAGCCUGACCCUGAUGAAAUUUUUGAAUAUCCGGAACCCUGCCUAGAGGCUCCUCCGCCACGAUGUUCGAAUAUCACCGAUAUCGACCUCCAUGAAACCAAUGCUGCAAGGGGAAUGCGGAUCUGGGUCCAAGCAUGCAAAGAGUUAAAGUCUUUCCGGAUUGUUCAUGGAGGUGCAUUGAUAAGUCACAAUGACAUUCAGCCGCGGAAGAUCUAUGAGUCGCUCUCGUUGCACAAGGCCACGUUGGAGUCCAUUUGGAUUGGAAACACGGAGGAUACCGAGUGGGAUAAUUAUGACGAGUGGAUGGGUUCAUUUGCAGACUUCACUGCUUUGAAGUUUCUUUAUGCCCGUGCUGCCAAUCUCGUGGGGUUAGACAUGGAUGACAAUCCGGCGCGAAGGCUCAAGGAUGUCCUGCCACCUUCACUUGAGACUUUGUAUCUUCGCCUUCGCAAGGAGGAUGGAUUUGAGCAGCUGAUAGAAUUUAUUGGCUCAGAGGACGUCCCCAAGCUGUCUGCAUUAUAUCUUGAGAUUGAUCGAGGCAACGACCCAGAGCAGCCAGAGAGAUUAGAGUUCUUGAAGCAGUUAUGUCUUGAAAAAGGGAUUUUGUUUCACGUACCCGAUACCACAGAUUUUGAGGCGUGGCAUUACUGGGGAGAUGUUUGGCCUUUGGGCGAGGCUUCCUACCUCGAGUGCUGUUAG